AUGGCGAGCAAUUCAAUAAAAGUCGGGGAAAGUUCCUCCGACACUUUGACUCGAUGGAUUGUUUUAGAUGGAUGUUUUACCGUCGGUGAAAUAUAUAUCGUAUUAGCUAUUGCUUUGACAGCUGCGCGUCACGGUGCUACGGUCUGCAACCAUGUUGAGGUUUUGGAAUUAUUGAAAAAGGAUAAUGGAAAAGGAGCUAAAGUGGUGGAUCAUAUGACCCGCAAAGAAUUUAACGCUACUGCCCCAUUUACGGACUCUAUACGAAAAAUGGAUGACCCAACGAUUAAGAGCAUUUGCGCUCCUAGUUCGGGUGUACAUAUCGUACUUCCGGGUUACUAUAGUCCAGAACAGAUGGGUUUACUGGAUCCCUCCACGUCUGAUGGUCGAGUUAUAUUCUUUUUGCCAUGGCAGAGGCAUACCAUUGCAGGUACCACAGACCUACCCUGCGAAGUAACCCAUAACCCAGCACCUUCUGAAGAUGAGAUACAAUUUAUUUUGAGUGAAAUUAAGCACUAUCUGAAUCAAGAUGUAGAAGUGAGACGUGGAGAUGUGCUAUCAGCUUGGAGUGGUAUACGUCCUCUAGUAUCUGAUCCAAAUAAAGAUGAAACGCAAGCCCUGGCUCGUAACCAUAUUGUCCAUAUUAGUGCUUCUAAUUUAAUUACUAUUGCUGGCGGUAAGUGGACUACCUACAGAGCCAUGGCUGAACAUACUAUAGACGCAGCAGUUAAAGCUUGUGAUUUACAACCAGAACGACCUGAAUCGGUAACAACUCUCCUAAAAAUUGAAGGUGGCCAAGGCUGGUCGCCUACUAUGUACAUACGUUUGGUACAGGAUUUCGGCUUGGAAUGUGAAGUGGCUCAGCACUUGGCCAAAUCAUACGGAGAUCGCGCUUUUGCUGUUGCAAAAAUGGCUUUCCUUACCGGCAAACGUUGGCCCGUCAUUGGUAACCGUAUACAUCCCGACUUUCCUUAUAUUGACGCCGAGAUACGCUACGGCGUUCGUGAAUAUGCUUGCAAUGCCGUUGACAUGAUAGCACGUCGCUUGCGUUUAUCUUUUCUAAAUGUCCAAGCCGCCCAAGAAGCUUUACCCGUAGUUUGUGAUAUCAUGGCUGAAGAAUUGAAAUGGUCUAAAGAUGAAAAACAGAAACAAAUUAACAAAGCACGGGAAUUUUUGGCUCUUGAAAUGGGCCAGGCAGUUAAACGUAUCGCCAAGGAUCAAGUCCAUGUGAAUUUAUCUAGCGAAGAAGUAAAGAAAUAUGUUAAGCGCUUCGAAAUCAUUGAUAAGGAUAAGAAAGGUUAUGUUUCCAUCAACGACAUAAGAAGAGCACUUAAGAGCUAUGGCGAUGGCGAUGUUUCCGGUGAACAAUUGCAUGAAAUUCUUAAAGAAAUCGAUACUAAUAUGAACGGUCAAGUGGAGUUAGAUGAAUAUUUGCAAAUGAUGUCUGCCAUUAAGACGGGGGAGGUAUCCUAUUCAAGGUUUGCCCGCAUGGCCGAACUGGAGGAACAAAAAGAGGAGGCCGCCCAAUUUAAACGGAAAAUCACAGUGGAUCGUUCCGGCGGUGGUCUGUAAGAGAUAGCCGAGCCAAGCAACGUGUUCGUUUGCGAUCUUUCGAAGGAAGCUUUGAACUUUUUUUUUUGUUUUGUAUAAAGACGUAGGUGCCAUAAGAGUUUUCUCUUUUCUUUCCUUUUACGAAAUUUACCAAUAAUUUAAUUUGGUUUUUAGGAUUUAAUCUUUUAUUAACCUUAAAGUGUUUCGAAUGAUUAUCCAAUUAACAAACAAUAAUUAUUCAAUGUGCGCACAAAUGCCGAGACAAAAAAAUCUAUUUAUUAUUUAAGUUUAAGUUAAUUGUGAAGAAAUAAAAAAAAAUUAAUUCAGUUUUUGAAGAAAGAUUCCUUAAAAAUA